AUGAAUCUAUUAACCUCCCGAAUCUCAAGCUAUUUGCUCGUUUCUCUUCUAUUUGUUAAUGCGUUGGUUCUCCAAUUAUGUGAUGCUAAAAGUGAAAAAUUUACUACAACUACGGUAACAACCACCCUGUUGUCUACUACCACCACCACUGCCAUAUCAACACUAAUACCUAUGCCAACAAAAACCGGAUUGCCCAUCCCUACAGAAACGGACACAACUACUACCACCAGCAGACACACCCAGACAAGAUUCCCAUGGUCAACUACCGCCGCAGCCUUAGUUCCUAACAAUUUUCAAGAGCUCCCUGGAAAUCCUGAUCCGUCAGAAAUUCACCUAAUCACUGCUGCGACUAAGUAUCAUCCUGCUUCUAAACCAACCAGUGUCUCUCAAAAUAGUGCUAUAAGAGAAGACAGACUCUCGGAACAUGAGAAGUUUAAACAUCUCCUUCGCGCACUACAACACACCCGUCUCGUACGCGAAAUCAACCGUUAUCCAGUGGCAACGUUAUUCGCGCCCACAAACGCAGCAAUUGGAGAGGCCUGGUGGACAAUUACACGUGAACAGUUACUUUAUCAUUUCUUAGAAGCGGAUAUGAAGCUUGAUGAGUUGAAAGAAGGGAAGUUGUUGCUUACGAAGUUGAAGUUGUAUGGGAGACUUGGUGACGGUGGUGAUGAGCCGGGUCAACGGGUGAAAAUUGUUGAAAGGAAGAUGACUUUCCCAGGGCUGCCAGAUACUAUUCGUAUUGGGGAUGCGAAAAUUAUAGACAAGCAAUUGGAUGCGGAUAAUGGCAUAAUUCACACUGUAAAUAAGAUAAUUAAAAUACCUGUAGAUAUUAAUGCUACACUUCACGAACUGGAUGCCCGGUUAUUCACGCAAUACUUAGUAAAAAGAAAUUUAUCAAGUUACUUGGCCAAAAAAGCACAUUUAACUGUAUUCGUUCCGAUCGACGAAGCAUUCAGCCUCCGUUUUGAAAAACACGAGCGAAAAUACUUAGAUGGCAAUUGUGGUGGAGGACCUGAUGAUCUCGAACUUGUACUGGGACAUCAUGUUCACGAUGGAUUGCUUUAUACGGAGAAUAUGGAUAGCUCACAAGCAUCUACUAUUCAGGGUGAACCGAUAACCAUAGUACGUGGAAAUGGAACAAUUAAGGUUGGAGAUGGGUAUAUUAUUGAUCAUAAUAAGGAUAUUUUGGCGGAUAACGGUGUUAUCCACUUCGUAAACCGCAUCUCUGCUCCGCAGAAACUUCACUUUAACGCACUAAAGUUCUUGUGUGGUCUCGACGCGAUAAAUUUCGUAGGAUGGAUUAUUAGAGCCGGAUUAACCGGUUACGUUGAAGAUCCCGAGACGCCAUACACGAUUUUAGCUCCGCAUGAUGACAAUUAUGAUAACUUCGAAUAUAUUGGCGGUGACAAGGAAAACUUCUUAAAAUAUCAUUUUGUAGAAGGAAAAAAAACUAUAUCUGAAUUCACAAACGGGCUGUUGCUUCCUAGUGAAUUAAAAACUGCCGAUCUAAAGGGACAUCGUCAACAGAUUAAAGUUAGUGUUAAAUCGAAAUCGAGAAGAAAUGAUUAUGAUGAAAAUAGUUUGACGGCCACUGAAAUCCGAUUUAACGGUCAUGCGAUAAUUGGUGAACCUGUGGAAAUUGGCAAUUCAAUAAUCUAUAUCCUCGAGAAAGCACUCAUACAACCUCAAAACGUAUUUUUAACUCUGAAACAGAUGACGGACAAAAGAUUCAAUAAAUUCCUAAAAGCGUAUUCUUUCAGUGACACAAACGACACCAUUUCUAACAUAUCCGGAACAACCAUAUUUGCGCCAAUCGAUGAAGCAUUCAACAAAUUAGGUCUUGUUUACAACUACUUUUUACAUCCGACCGGUAAACAAGACCUGUUUUCCGUAUUGAAGUAUCAUGUCCUUGAUCAAGUUCUCUACUCGCAAGAUAUCCCCCAAGGAGAAUUCUUGUUCAGGACGAUCGAAGGUGAACCGCUCAUCAUCGAGCGUGAUCGAGACGUGAUUAAAGUCAAAGGCGUGAAUUAUUCGGCUGUUGUCACGGAAACUGAUGUUUUGACACGGACGGGUGUAGUACAUGUUGUCAAUUCGGUUCGAAUACCACCGAGUAUAAAAAUUACACCGUACAAAAUUCUAAAAGGAAUCGAUGCGAAUGCAAUGUUGAAUCUGUUUUAUAUCACAAACUUGACCUCGAUCCUCAAUGAAACAACAGAAUCAUUCACUAUACUACUACCACCUGAAAAAGAAUUUGCGAAUUUUACCCAAGCAACAAGAGACCCCGAAAGAUUAUCACAGUUUCUUUCUUCACAUAUUAUCCCAGGCUCAAUUGAUAUUGAUCCAAAAGAGAGAAAAAAGUUUCCCACGUUAUUAGCCAGCAGCACAAAAAUAGUAACAGGUUACGACCUUACCGGUCAUCCUUUUGUCGAGCUACAAGGUGCUCUUAGUUACAAAGAACGCGCGAAAAUUAUUGCCGUUGGCAAGACAUCGAAUGGUGGCGGUGUUUAUCAGAUCGAUAAGGUAUUGGUUAGAAAUCCGACACAGCAUUUUACUCGGGCUGGGUUGGGCGUGUUGAUUGGACUCGGGCUUAUUGCGUUCUUUACAGGUGGUGGUGGCGUCGGAUUAUGGGGAUGGCAGAAAUGGAGGAGUUGGGGAUAUACGCCAAUUCAGGAUGGUAAUGCAGAUGCGAUUGAACGUGGCAAUGUGGCUCCUGUUGAUAGUGAAGCAAGUACUGCAAAUUGA